AUGGAAGCCUUCAGCACCUGGAAAUCUUGCAAAGCCAUGAAGGAUUUUCAGUUCAGAGCUCUGAAGAAAAUUCGAAUCUUUGAUGUCCCAGAUGAGCUCCCCAAAGACCGUUCCAACCUUCUUGCCGUGUCAAACAAGUAUGGCUUAGUUUUUGCUGGCUGCGGAACUGAGGUGCAGAUCUUUCAGACAAAAGAUCUUCUUCUGCAGAAUGAAGCCGGGGAGUCUCCCAAUAAGAUCGUGGAGAAUGUCCAGAGCGUUCUUGUUCCUAUGAAGUUUCCACUGCAUCACUUAGCACUCAAUUGUGAUAACCUCAUCAUUUCUGUCUGCAUGGCCUCCAGUGACUGUGGGACCUUCAUUGGCUUUUUUGAUGUCCGUACCUUUGCUAAUCAGGCUAAACCACAGAAGCGUCCCAUUGCUUUUCAUAAGCUGCCCAAAGAAGCUGGCAGCAUGGCUCUGGUCAGUGACCUGAAGUGGAACCCUGUGAACCCUUCCAUGCUGGCCCUCUGUGCAUCUGACGGCAGCGUCUGCGUCCUGCAGGUCACAGAUGUCGUGAAGGUGCACGCCACUCUUCCUCCCUCCGUGGGUGCAACAACAGUGUGCUGGAGCCCCAAAGGGAAGCAGUUGGCUGUGGGCAAGCUGAAUGGCACUGUGGUCCAGUAUCUACCUAACCUGCAGGAGAAGAAAACCAUUCCCUGCCCACCAUUCUAUGAGGCUGAUAAUCCUGUUAAAGUCCUGGACGUGUUGUGGGUUGGCACUUAUGUCUUCACAAUUGUAUAUGCAGCAGCAGACGGGACCUUGGAGACUCCCCCUGAAGUGGUGAUGGUUGUGCUUCCGAAAAAGGAAGAGAAAAGACCGGAGCGGUUUGUUAACUUUAUGGAACCCUGUUACGGCAGCUGCACCGAGAGGCAACAUCACUACUUCCUCAAUUAUGUUGAGGACUGGGAUCUGGUCCUCGCCGCUUCCGCCGCUUCCACAGAAGUCAGUAUCCUCUCAAGGCAAGGAGACCAGAACAACUGGGAGUUGUGGGUUCUGGAAGACUCCAGCCGAGCAGAGCUUCCUGUGACGGACAAAAGCGAUGACACCUUGCCUGUGGGCGUGGCCAUAGAUUAUACCAGCAGCACACCCAUAAAGAUUAGUGAGGAGAAGACGAUGGAUCCAGCUCCAGUCCUGCUGCUGCUCUCUACUGACGGAGUGCUGUGCCCCUUUUAUAUGGUCAAUCAAAACCCGGGCGUGAGGUCGCUCCUUGUGACACCGCAGCCGUUGCCCACAGAAGGGGACAGGACCCCCAAAUUGCCAGGAGGUACUACCCCUUCGUCGACAGCACCUUUUUCUCCGCCCAAGGUUGAAACCGCGUCAGUGGGAGCUGUUGUCCCUGCCGCAGCCAUGUCUUCAGUUGCUAACAGCGGGGCGCCUGCCUUCUCCUUUGCGCCCUCAGCUUCAAAGCCAACCGGACCCGCUUCCAAUAUCCCCCUUCAGUAUUCCUUCCCAUUGGAGACGUCCAAGCCUGGCUCUGCUCCCAGCCUGAGCGGAGCAGCUGCGUUCUCCUUCUCAUCUGCCUCCGCCGCCAAGGCAGUCUCAACGGCACCCCCCUCGGCCUGCCUGGCUCCAGCCUCUGCCAGUUCUUUCUCUUUUGGCUCUGCGUCUUUUAAAACCAGCACAGAUGGCUCACCCGGGCCUCCGCUCUCCGCCUCCCCCGUUGGGCCGAAGCAAAAUUUCCCCUCUGCAGCUUCCUCCAUCAAGGUUAACCUUGCUGAGAAGUUCACAGCUGUGGAAUCUUCCACACACUCUGCCAGCGGUGGCCAAGGCUCCCCCAUGUUUUCCUUCACGCCAAAGCCCGGAGGGCCUGUAAACCAGUCCACUCCCUUCUCUGCUGCUCCUGCCUCCUCGGUCAAGGCUUCGAUCCCUGCGUCUGCAGCAGCUGCGCGUCCGGCUCAGGGUGCUUCAGCUGUUCCUGGGCUUCAGAAAGCAGCCAAGAUUUCUCCAUCUGUGUCAAAACCAGGUUCUUCACAGAGCCGGUCGACGUCUGGCAGUGCUGGGAUGGAGAAGCAAGUUCAUCAGUGGACGAAUUCUGAUCCUGUCAUAGCUGGGAUAAGAGAGGAGAUCGCCCAUUUCCAGAAGGAGAUGGACGAACUGAAAAGCAAGACGGCCAAAGCCUCUUUUCAGGUAGGCUCUGACGAGGAGAAGAAGAUGCUGAAGACGGACUCCAACGACCUCCACACAUUCAUUUUGGAGAUCAAGGAGACCACUGAGUCCCUGCAUGGAGACAUCAGCCUCCUAAAGACGAGCCUCCUGGAGGGAUUUGCAGGUCUGGAGGAAGCAAGAGAGAAAGAUGAGCGGACCCAUAACUCCAAGUAUUUGUAUCUGCUGUAUAAGAAGCCUCUGGAUCCAAAGAGCGAAGCCCAGCUUCAGGAAAUUCGACGCUUGCAUCAGUAUGUGAAGUUUGCUGUUCAAGACGUGAACGAUGUUCUGGAUUUGGAGUGGGAUCGGCAUCUGGAACAGCAGAAAAAGCAGAAACGCUUAAUGGUGCCUGAGAGAGAGACUUUGUUCAACACCCUCACUAAUAACCGAGAGAUAAUUAACCAGCAGAGGAAGCGGCUGACAAACUUGGUGGACAGCCUGGAGCAGCUUCACUUGUACAAGGAGACCUCUCCGUGGGGCCUCUCCAUUGACUCUAGCUUCCCGCCCACUUGGCAGCGUCGUUCAGAGGUGCGUGCCACUGGAGAAUUCCAAGGGAAGCAUUCUUUUGCUUGCUAUGCAAAACUGUCCCCGGUGAAGCAGACUCAGCUUCGGAAUUUCCUGUCCAAACGGAAGAUGCCCCCCAUCAGGUCAACAGCCCCAGCCAAUCUCUCCCAGUCGGCUUUCCUGUGUUCAAGAUACGACGAAGACUUGGACGAUGUCAGCUCCACAUCUUCGGUUUCUCAGCCCCUGGAGAACGAGGAUUCCCAGGCUGCAGAGAAAGAGGAAGAGCUGGCUGUCCCGAUCGCAGUGCCCCGCCACGCUCCUGUCGCACGGACUCCUUCAGUUCAGCCUGGCCUCAUGCUGCAGCACUUGGCCGUCAGCAAGGCCCACAUUCCAGUGAACACACUGACAUCCACCCCCAAAAUCAUCGUACCCCAAGGGGCAGACGGCACCGUGCUGCCAACGAAGACCGUGAAGCACGGUGCCCCCACUCCCUCCGUCACCAUCCCAGCACCUCAGGCCGCAGCAGAAGCAGCUCUGCGGAGACAGAUGGCCAACCAGAAUCCAGCUGUGAGCACUUCCUUAACUGAGUCUACCUUGAAGAACGUCCCUCAGGUGGUAAACGUGCGAGAGCUGAAAAAUAAUGCCUCUGCCCCUGCCAUUGCUACAGUAAUAGGAUCGUCAAUUCCUCAAUCUGCAGCUCAAGUCACGCACCAGGGUUUGACCGGGGUGGCUACGAAUCAAGCCAGCCAGGUUCCUCUGGCAUGUUCUCUUAUGAUGCAGCCUCCAUCCACCACUGCGUCCUUAAUGGGUGUCGUCACCACGUCCACCAGUCAGACCACUUCAGGCAAAAAGAACUCAGCUCAAGGGACAACGAGGACUGCCACAUCCGUCGCCUCACCUGCUGCGGUUCCGGCCCCACCAAGCGCUCCCCAGUUCACCAAGGCGUUUGCCUUUCACUCCUCAGGGCCUGGGUUUAACUUUGCUGCAGUUCCCCCAAACCCUGCGACACCUGGCUCUGCUGCUUCACAAGCAACGGCCAGCCCUGCAAAAGAAUCAAGCCAGCCGGAUGCAUUCUCCCUCGAGGGGAAUGCUAAAUUUGGAACCGUUCCAGAGAGCCCGUUUUCUUUUGGGUCCGCAAAACCAUCCAGCCUUUUGGGAGCCCCCGUGAUGAGCACCGGUUCUGGAGAUCCCAGCCAGGCCAACAACCAAGCGGCCACAACUGCAGCUUCUCUUCCCUCCACCACCUCCACCAAAUUGGAGAACCUUCCACCGAAACACGGAGACCCCGUAUUCCAGGGCACUGCGGCUGGGGAGACUCUCGGGAGCUUCUCAGGCCUGAGAGUGGGCCAAGCUGACGAGAACGUGAAGGCUGUGUCUUCAAAACCUCCGUACGGCACCACGACAAAUGGACAGCCGCCGAAAGCCAUUGCAGCGCCUUCUGGGUUCGCCCUUGAAAGCUCUCAGCCGGCCGGCAAACCAGCAGAGCCUGUGGUGACCGUGGUCACGACCACCAAUUCGUCCUCUGCAGCGGUCAGCGCGGGCACCAUCUUCGGCAAUGUCCAGAUGGUCAACCCGGCGGCUCCUGGCGUUUUCGGCACGGGAGCGUCACCAGCUGGGAGCAAGCCGGUGUUUGCAUUCGGCGUUCAACAAGCAAACGCUUCAACGGGAUCGCCCGCCGUUUUGGCUCCCACUCCGACAUCCUCGGCUCUGUCCUUCGGGAGUCUGUUGAGCCCAGUGGCGACGGCUGUCACUUCAGCACCCCCUGCCAAAGGAGAGCCGGAGGCCCAAACUGUCCCAGCUCCUGAAAAGCCACCGCCGGACGAUGGGGGUUUGCCUGUACCAGCGCAGCCACAGGGACAGACCGCAGAGCUUCCUCAGGAACCCCCUUCUCAUGAGCCCCCGCCUCCCGGAGAGGAAGCUACGGUCAGCCUCGGCUCUUCCGCAGCAGGGCCCACCAAAGACGCAGCCCCCGCCCCGCCUUCCAGCGAGUUGCAGGCGGAGGUUCCUACACCAGUCUCCACUUCAGACCCCCCUUCUUCAGUGAUCUCAGCCCCAGCAAACACAGCCUCAGCACCAGCAGAAACGGCCGGGGCGCUCCCCUCUUCCUCCAGCCCGAGCACAUCUCUCCAGGCACCAACCACAAGCACUUUGGCCUUCACGGUUGCCUCUUCAAGCCCUUCCGUGUUCGAGCAGCCCCCGGCAUCCAGUUCUUCCGGCUCAGGGUUCAGCCAGCCUGCAGCAGACACCGGGGCUAGCCCAGUCUUCGGCCAGCUCUCGGCAGCAACGACGGCACCGGCCCUGUUUGGCCAACCUGCCUCCACGCCAGCGUCCACCUCUACUGCCACUACCGGCACUGGGUUUAACACGUCCGCUUUUGCCGCAACAAGUGCCGGAGGCUUCGGUCAGCCGGCCUUCGGCCAAGCUCCGGCCUUUGGCCAGCCGGCAAACACGUCAGGCAGCUUCAACUUCAGCCAGACGGCCUUUGGAGCAACUCCUGCUUUUGGCCAGGUUGCUUCGUCCACUGCCUCGGCUUCCGGCACGGGGCACGUUUUCGGAGUGCCGUCCAGCACCAACACCACCAGCUCCUUCUCUUUCGGCCAGCCUUCGGCCACCACAAGCGGCGGGCUCUUUGGCCAAAGCGGCACGCCGGCUUUCGGGCAGAGUUCCGGCUUCAGCCAGGGCGGAUCUGUAUUUGGCAACGCAGCUGCGACCACGCCCACCUCUUCCAUUGGAUUCACCUUCUGUCAAGCUUCAGCAUUUGGUUCCAGCAACGCAGGCUCCGUAUUUGGGCAGGCAGCCAAUACCAGCAGCAACCUCUUUGGCCAGCAGCCCUCUCCCAGCGGGGGCCUCUUUGGUUCCGGAAGCGGGGGGAGAGGCGUUGCCUUCUUCAGCGGCCUGGGAGGAAAGCCGAGCCAGGACGCGGCAAACAAAAAUCCAUUCAGUUCCACUGGCACAGGAUUUGGAGCCACCGCCACCCCGAAUACAUCGAGCCUUUUUGGGAACAGCGGGGCCAAGACCUUUGGAUUUGGCACCUCGCCACCCUCCUCCUUCGGCGAGCAGAAGCCGGCGGGCACGUUCAGUUCCGGCGGAGGGAGCGUGGCCUCUCAGGGCUUCGGGUUCUCCAGCCCAACCAAAGCAGGUGGCUUCGGAGCUGCUCCAGUGUUCGGCAGCCCUCCCACUUUUGGGGGGUCCCCCGGGUUCGGAGGGGUGCCAGCAUUCGGUUCAGCCCCAGCUUUUUCAAGCCCUCUGGGCUCGACGGGAGGCAAAGUCUUCGGCGAGGGGACAGCAGCAGCCAACACUGGAGGAUUUGGUUUUGGUGGGACAUCUAGCACUGCGUCGUUCGGCACGUUGGCAAGUCAAAACACCCCCACUUUUGGAUCCCUGUCCCAACAAACUACUGGGUUUGGCACUCAGGGCAGCGGAUUCUCCGGCUUUGGAUCCAGUGGAGGAGGGUUUGGCUUUGGAUCAUCGAACGCAUCCACCUCCGGAUUCAGCGGCUGGAGAAGCUGAGGAGAAGCCAAGCCAUUUCAUCCUGUUGGCGGACGGACUCUUUGCAGAACAGCCGUCAGGUUACUGAGAAACAGCGAACGUUGGGCCCGCAUUUUCUGGCUCUUUUUGUAAAAAAACCCCCGAAGAAAACGCACCUGAAAUGCUUAUUUUUUUUUAAGCGGAGAUGUUGCUCCUUCUCUUUAAAUAAAAGUAUUUUCUCUGCUCCA